AUGUCUCGAGAGGCGGGCUCGUGCCGCUCGGGCCCAGGGGUGAGGGCACGCUCGCGGAAGCCCAAGAAACCGCACUACAUCCCGCGGCCCUGGGGCAAACCCUACAACUACAAGUGCUUCCAGUGCCCCUUCACCUGCCUGGAGAAGUCGCACCUGUACAACCACAUGAAGUACAGCCUCUGCAAAGACUCCCUCUCGCUGCUGCUCGACUCCCCAGACUGGGCAUGCCGCCGCGCCCCCGCAACACCCAGGCCCCGCGCACCCACUCCCAAUGGCCCCGGGGGCCCUGCGGACCCUGGCAGCCAGCCCCAAGGAGCUCAGCUCCCAGAUGCCACUGCCAUGCCUGACCUCGUGGUCACUGACUUUCUUUCCCUGCACCGCUGUGGUGGGGACCCCAAGCCCAGGGCUGAGGGGUCCCCAGGCCUGCCGCCCCCUGCAGCCAAGGCUGCCCAGAAGGGUCCUGGCCACAGCGGGCUCCCAGACGAGUCGUGGAAGCCAGGGCUGGGCGCAGGCCCGAGGAUCAUGGCCAUGGGGGACAUGGCCUCAGCAGGCCCUGAGGGCAGUGUCCCCUGCUACCCACCGCCUGCCCCAGGGGAGUUUCCUGAGGGCCAGAGCCUCCACCUGUCUCUGCUGGGCAUCAACUACCCGCUGAGCCCCGGCCUCUUCUCCUACCUGGGGCCCUCUCUGGCCACCGCGACCCACAUGCCCUUCCUGGCCUCCACCAGCCCGCUGCUGCCCCCAGCCACAGCCUUCCCAGCCCCACAGCCCCCCAAGCGCCCAGCCCUGGCCCCCCGCCUGUACUACCCACUGAUCCUGGAGCACAUGUUCGGGCUGCCAGCAGGCAAGGCUGCCACCGCCAACCCCCCUGCACCCCCCAAGGGGUCCCCCGGCACUCUGGCCCCUGGCCUGCUGAAGGUGCCCAUUCUGGGGCUGGGGGGUCCCUGGCCCCAUAGCACCUGCAGGGACCCAGGGCAGGAGGGGCAGCCAGAGUGGGCUGCCCAGAGUGAUCCCAAGAGGAAGCUGCCCCUGGUGAGCAGGCUGGAGCUCCAAAAGACCCCCUAUAGCCUGACAAAGUUCGGUUCUCAGAACAGCCUGCCCACUGGCCCCUCCAUGAUGCUUUGGCAUGAGGACAAGGAGCCAGGCGACUCCAAGACCCCAGGCCCCGAGGCUACCCUCCCCCUGCAGCCACAGGGCCCGGUGUUGAGCGGCUCAGGACACGUGAGUGAGGACCUGACCCAGGCCCUGGACGACUAUGCCAAGGUGGAGCAGUGCCUGGGGCAGUUGGCACCCGCUGGGGGCCUGGCCCCACGACCUCUGCGGGAGCAUCUGGGCAAGAUCCGCCGCGAGCUGCUCACCAUCCACCAGGCGCUUGAGCAGGCUGUGUGGCCGCCAGACACACCCCUCGACCUCUCUGUGAAACGGGUGCCCACCAAGGGAUCUGAGGCACCUGCAGGGGUCUGGGGGCAGCCUGAGCUGGGCCUCACGCUGGCCCAGGGGACCCCUGAGCCACCUGGCAUGCUGGGCCCCGCAGUGUCCGAACCCUUUGCUGGCCACACCACCAAGUGUGAGGCCGACUCCAGCAUCCCACCCCCGGGCCUCCCCUUCCAGGCCCCAGAGGAUCCUGUCAUUCCUGGCAGUGGCUGGGGCACCUGUGCUGGGGCUGGAGGCUCCCAGACUCCUGAGGGUGUCCCUGGCCUGCAGAGCCCUCCGGGUGCCAAGGUCUGA